UGCCUGGAAUGUUUUUAGUAAACAUGGUGAGAAAGAAGAGAAUAAAACCUGAGCAGGAUGCAAAAGAACACAUAUUGUCGGGCAAAGACAAAGCCUUCAUCGAGGGACGACAAAUCAACACAUUUAAAGGGAGAGGUGUGUUUGCUCUUGAGCACAUUGAAUCAUCCACCUUUGUUGUUGAAUGCCGUGGGAUUCUCUCUGAAAGUAAACAUGUUGAAGAUGUUCAAGGCAACUACUUGUUUGACUUCACAUGGAAUGGAACACGUUAUUGCAUAGAUGCAACAAAAGAGGACGGAUCACUUGGGCGAUUGGUGAAUGAUGAUCAUCGAAAUCCAAAUUGCAAAGUCAAGACAAUAACUGUUGAUGGAAGACCACACCUGUGCCUAUUUAGUAUAAGAGAUAUCUUUCCAGAUGAGGAGGUCACAUACAACUAUGGGGAUUCCUCGUGGCCUUGGCGUUUAAGGGAAUUGGGUGACGAGACAUCAGUGACUGUGACUGAAUGCAGUGUGAAGCCCUCCUCAUCAGUGAACGAGAAAACGACCUGUAAAGACAAAUCAAAGACUGUUGCGAAGAAAGGAGAUUCAGCUUUGACUGGAGAUGAAAUGGAAUUGUGUGAUGAGACAUCAGUGACUGUGACUGAAUGCAGUGUGAAGCCCUCCUCAUCAGUGAACGAGAAAACGACCUGUAAAGACAAAUCAAAGACCGUUGCGAAGAAAGGAGAUUCAGCUUUGACUGGAGAUGAAAUGGAAUUGUGUGAUGAGACAUCAGUGACUGUGACUGAAUGCAGUGUGAAGCCCUCCUCAUCAGUGAACGAGAAAUGCCACCAUGAAGUUCACAGUGCUGUUAUCUCUAGUUUGGAUUCCUGUGAAGAUUGCAGUGGACCUGUGUCAAGUCGAAAAUGGCUUGGCCUUACAUGCAAAUUAUGUUCAAGAUCAUGGCACAAAACCUGUUUCCUGAAGAAUAAGACACUGCCAGAUGUUGAAUUUUCCAGCUUUGAAGAAUCUAGCUCUGAUGAAGAGUAUUGUCCUCAUGCUGAUAAAAACGCUGAAGAAUCCUCCUCUGAUGACUUCAUCCCAGACUCUAGACAAAAUAGUGAUGGUGAUAGUGAUGAUAGUAUGUCUGUCAAUGCAUGGAAUCCACCAUACUUUAAGUCCACACCAGCUGUUUCAAAGUCUUCUGUGAGUGCAAAGAGUGUGCCACCACAACCUGCUCACUGUUCUUCCACUGAGCAAGAAAUGGUUGGUGACAUAUCCAGUUCUGCUCAAGACCUCAUAUGUGAUGAUCAUGAUACUGCCACAGACGACAUUGAGAAGCUUCAUAGAUUUAAGAAAACACCAGCAGUGUCUUCUUUUGAACGGUCAGACACUGACAAUGUGCAAAACCCCAAAAACACUUUUUCCACCCACAAAAACUACUGCUAUGUCUGCAAGAAACCUCAGUCUAAAAUUGCCCGUCAUCUUAAAAAGCAUCAAGACAGUGAGACAGAAAUUGCUGCUGCAUUCUUGCUCCCUAAACACUCCCAGGACAGAAAAAGGUUACUUGAGAAAUUACGAAACAGAGGCAACUAUGAGCAUAAUCAAGAGGUUAUGGAAAGUAAAAGUGGACCACUGAAAGUUAGAAGGCGGCCAGGAAGAUCAGAGACUGAACUGAGUGCCAAAACAUAUGUCCACUGUGUAUACUGUAAAGGUCUGUUUGUUCGCAAGGAGCUGAGCUGA